AUGUAAACGAAAGCCCUGAUGUUGCUAACGUCAAUAGCGUCUCUGCUUGUCAGUCGACAGUGAAAACUGUGGCAGGAUCAUGUCGGAGGAAGAGCAGCAGGGUGAAACCUUCCUUCCAGAUGGAGGAAGCACCUCACAUGAGGACCGAGAAGAACCUCUGGAUGAGGAGCAGCAGCAGGUUGGCAGGUCUAGUCCAGAUGAGGAGCAGGCUGAUGUUCACACUGAUCAAUCCAACAAUGAGGAAAAUGUGGAAACAUCUGCAGAUGAGCAGCAGGCUGAUCCUCCGACAGAACAAUCCAAUAAUGAGGAAAAUGUGGAACAGUCAACAGCUACAGAUGAGCAGCAGGCCGAUGUUUUGACUGAUCAGUUCACCAACAAUGAGGAAAAUGUGGAACAGUCAACAGAUAAGCAGCAGGCUGAUGUUCACACUGAUCAAUCCAACAAUGAGGAAAAUGUGGAAACAUCUGCAGAUGAGCAGCAGGCUGAUCCUCCGACAGAACAAUCCAAUAAUGAGGAAAAUGUGGAACAGUCAACAGCUACAGAUGAGCAGCAGGCUGAUGCUCCAACAGAACAAUCCAAUAGUGAGGAAAAUGUGGACCAGUCAACAGCGACAGAUGAGCAGCAGGCUGACCAGACUGAUCAGUCCAACGAUGAUGAGGAAAAUGUGGAAAACGCUCGAGGGCGAACGGCGGACGACAAGGAAAGCUUCGUUGGGCUUGGCAUCCUUCCUCGCAGCGCCGCCACCGUGGAGAUGACGUCAUCGGACGCCGACAAACACCCGCUGGGAGGAGCCGAUCCAGUCACAGAGCGGGAAGCCACGCCUGAGGUCAUCAACGUGAGCCUGCAGACUGAUGAUGGCGUGAUCCAGGAUGCGCCGGUGGAGAUGGAACGUCCCCACUGGGAGAAAGCUUUCCUGGGUGGCUACAGGCACAAGCUGACGGGCGCCGAGUACCACCACGCCGCUGCCCAGACUCGGCCCAGGAGGAGGCCCGACCGAGGGGUGGUCGUGUUCAGCCGCGAAACGCAGACAGCGGACCUGGUCUCUGAGACCCAGCAGUCCGCGCCUAGCGUCAGCACGCAGAUGACCGGCGUCGGCUGUUACAUCUCCAAUCUCACAGACAAGCUGCUCAGCCCGGGAAGCUACCUCACCGCCGAGGAAUAUCACGCCACCAGGCUGAACGCGGUGAUCCGACUGCAGGCCCACACUCGCCGCUGGCUCAGCUGUCGGGCGGUGGACCGCCUGAGAAGGCAGCGCGACCGCCGGCUGACCUGGAUGGACCUCCAGGAGAGGAGGCGGCAGGAGGAGAGGGAGGAGCUGAUGCAGGACAGCCGCAACCGCUGGAUGCAGCCGAAGAAGAGGGAGGACCUCAACCUGCUGUACCACGCCCUGGAGAAGUGGAGGAGCGACAAGGAGCAGCAGAUCAACACCACGCUGCGAGGAUCCGAGAGGAAGGCCGCCCUCUGCUCGCUGCUGGAGCAGGAGACGCAGUACAUCGCCACCAUCGGACGUCACGGCAUCGCCAUCAGGAGCAACAACUACAACAAAGCUGUCCGGAAGUUCCUGGACAAGUCGUCCACGCCUCAUCAGUGGCGAGCAGCAGACGGGCGCCUGAUCGAGAUGGACACUCCUGACACCAUCAGAGCCAGAGAGCUGGGAGAUCUCUACGACUGUGUCGCCAUGUCGCCCAUCAGCCAGGAGCAGCGUCUGGACAUCCUGCUGUGCCUCAAACAGACUGUGGAGGAGCACCCGUGUCAGCUGACCCGGGACAUCGUGGACCUGAUCCACAGAGAGCAGGACCUGAUGAGGCGACACGUCAAGCCAGCCAACAUGGAGGGUCUGAGGAAGAGACUCUCCACCCUCUUCCUGCAGUUCAUCAGGACUCCGGGAUUCAACCCUGAGGUGGCCAAGCACCUGAAGGUGAAGUCACCGGGUCCAGUGUACAGUAUGUCCAGGAAGUUUUCAAGAUCACGAAACAGCUUUUCCCCCCAGGUGCCUCAGAGCCCCUCCCUGCUGAAGAAUGACGUGUUCCUCUGCCACGGCUGCCAGCGCUACCUGGGCUCCUCCCACUUCAGGUCAUGCACCAGGGCGCACCUAAGCCGCCGCUGUCUGGACUGCACCAGACUGAGGAACAUCGCCGGGAGCCGCGACGACUUCUCCUGCUACAGGAGCAUGCUGAAAAAGCUCAGGGACAGCGAGCUGCUCCUCAGCAAGGACAACACCAUCCCUUUCCUCCUGCAGGCGGAGGACCUGCAGUACCUCGUGGAGGUGAUCUGGGGCACCCACUCGGCCCUCAGCGCCUGCAACGACCCCUUCAGCCUGGCGCUGGUCCGAUGGGAGCGCCACAAGGACUGGAGCCCGUGGAACUGCAUCCUGCUCAGCAAGGAGGAGACGUCCGCUCACUUGCAAGUGGAGGACGUGCACAAGGUGUACGACGCGGCCGUCAUCCACAGCAUCGAACACAAACACCUGCUAGCUCGCCGCCACUACAACCAGAUCCCCUCCAUGGUGACGCAAGCGUCCAAAGCGGCCGUCGGCAAACACGGAACGUUGCACGCCUCAGCCCGUAUGAAGUGACACGGAAUUAUUAUGAUGAUUAUUAUUAUGAUGACAUCACGUAUAUUUCAACUUUGACAUGAUUGUGUCACAUACACCACAUGGACUAAAGUAUCCGAACACCUACAGGAAUAGAACUCCGCCCCCCAAAGUGUUGGCGUCGAAAUGGUCUUACGAACAUGACGAACGAUGAUUCAGGAGCAACUAAGGACUCCGGUUUUCCAAAAAUCACAACUCCAUUUGUUGUUUUGUUUCUGAUAUUCCAACUUUACAAAAAAUGCCUUUUUUCUCUCAUACAGUAUGUCAACUUUAUGCUACUAAAAUGAUGUUAUUUUUCCUCAUUGUGUUGCUCUUGUAAAAUUGGGAUUUUUUUUUUCUUCAUAUUUUGACAUUAUUCCUGUAACAUGACUGCUGCUGUUGCGGUUUCGUCCGGCCGCAAAAGCCUGCCAGUCUGGUGCUUGUGUGUCUCAAAUGAACAGAAAGUUUAAAUCAGGCUAAAAGAUAGCACACAUGUCUGAAAAUGUAUUUAACUUACACUACUAGUCUAUUUACUGCAAUAUCACACUUUGGGACAUGAAGGGCUGCGUUCAAAGACACCCCAAGUUGAAUUCACGUUUUGAGUGUAGAUGAUUUCUCUGGGCUUUCCGAGCACACUUGAAUGCAGCAAAUUGUAAUUCCGCAGUAGGAGUUGAGUUGGUGAGAGAUCAGAAUAUCUACUUACUGUUUUUCUUUGUCUUUCUGUUUAUUCAGACCAGGGGUCGGUAACCUUUACUCUCAAAAGAGCCAUUUUGCCGCCUCUUAUACUGGAGAAAGCUCGUCUGGAACCUCAAAUGUGGCACAAGUUUUUUCAGUUCUUCCUGUAUUCAUUUGUGUAAAAUCCCAAUGAAACGUAGUUCACUAUGAUUUCAAAUAAAAAAAUGUAAAAAAACAUGAAAACUUUGAUUGGUUUUGUUUGCCAUAAUAAUUUCUCAUGGAGAUGAAUACAUUGUCAUUUGGUUUUUAUUUU